AUGAGCUCGGGCCCGGCUCCCACCGUUCACCACUCUGGCGACCUCCCUGGUGAUCAGCCUCCCUCACGUACUUCGGACCUGUCACACGAGCCCUCGCCACAAAACGCCGAGACACCAACUGACGACAAUAAAGGCGGAAAUGGCGCUUCGCAGCAGAGCGCGCCGGUAGACAAGCCGACCACAAACCAAGAAACGACAGCUGUGCAGGAUUUUGAUGAUUUCGGGCUACCAAUUCGAUCGCGACCUCAGCCACCCCGACGAGAUACCGAGUCGACGGUUAACGAAGACCAAUUUCAUGAUGCGGAGGAGGAUACCUCUGGCUCUGUUAACCAUACCGCAACUACAGAGCCAGGGGUCGGGAAGACUUCUUCAGUAGAGGAACCGGUUGAUAGUAAGACACCUCCUGAAAACAGUCGAGUCGAGGAGCCCCAGGCCCCUCAAGCUCCCGAAUCAAAUGAGCGCGAGACAUCCACGCCCAACAGAGUAGAGACCGAAGUAACGGUAUCUACAACCGAGAAACGUACAUCAGAGAGUCCACCGCCAGACACCGAACGUGAACCACCUCCACCUUAUACCGAAAAGCCAGCCCAGGAUGGUACUAGAAAGUCUACAUCGUCGCGGCCUGAACACGCAGUGAAGAGUGAUAUACCCAUGUCGGAGUGGUCACAUCAGAGGCUGCAUGAGCAUAAGGAAAAAGAUGAUCACGAACAAGACCAAGAGAGCGACGAUGGGGACUGGAAGGAUAUGACCGCGCUAGACGAGUUUGACCUCUACGAUGAUUAUGGACGACUGAUUGCCCGUGGAACACAGCAAGACGAUGAUGAGGCGGUUUAUCAAGGCCUUGGAGGAGCUGGGAGAGGAUAUACCAGGGUUCAGCUCGACGAUGAUGCCGAGUCUAUCAAUAGUAUGGACGAAGACACCAGCUAUCUUUUCCGGGAGUCCGCUGCUACUGGCGCGGGAUACGAAGGAGAAGAACUUCGCGAUACUUUGAGCCAGCUGCAAGCUACGAAAGAUCUCUUGACCGAAAGCCAAAGAAUCGCUUAUGUAGGAGUGACACGCUUGACCAUUUUCAGGAUGGUAAGGGACAUGGAUAGAGCACCCACAACCAAGUCGACUCGCAAGCGGAAGCAAAAAGCGCUUGAUUCAACCCGAGGAUGGGGCCAGGCGAUGAUGGCGAGGCUGUACUCUCACAUGGACAUCAACCAGGCGGAACAAGUGAUGAUUGAGCAACUCGCUGAGCAUGGCGUACAGCCCGAAGACCUUGUCCGGCCGCUCAUGGAGAAUGCUCGUGUUAAGAAUCCGUUAGCCGAAGAAGAUGAUUUGUCCAAGAAAUCUCUAUCCUCGAUAAGAUCGAGCACGUUGAAGGAUGGGGACCGGUCUAGCUUAUCGACUGAGAUCAAUAGAUCCUCAGAAACAAAUUCCCCACCACCGUACGACACUCACCCCGAUGGGAGCGUUCCAGAGGUUCAGACGCCGUCUCAGCUACCAACAUCCCAGAAAAUCGAUAUCGAUAUUCGUUGGACAGUUCUCUGCGACCUUUUCCUGGUAUUGAUUUCAGAUUCAAGCUACGACUCGCGGUCACGGACAUUGCUAGAGAAUGUAGGAGAAUCCAUGGAGAUUUCGUGGUUGCAGAUAUCCAAAUUCGAGAAGCGUGUCAUUGAUGCCCUGGAAAUGCAAGAGGAGGCAGAGAAGGAAACAUGGGAUGAGUCCGAACAUAUGGAGAAGCGCCGCAAGUCGGCGCUGAAACGCAAAUACAUGGUUAUGGGUCUGGCCACUGUUGGUGGUGGGCUGGUCAUCGGUCUCUCGGCUGGUCUUCUUGCUCCAGUCAUCGGUGCUGGUAUUGCCGCCGGGUUUACUACCAUUGGAGUUGGUGGAACAAGCGCCUUCCUCGGUGGAGCUGGCGGUACAGCUCUCAUUGCGUCUGGGGCUACUCUAACGGGGAGUACAAUAGGACUGAGAGCGUCUCAUAGGCGUACUGGAGCGGUCCAGACGUUCGAAUAUCGUCCUUUGCACAACAACAAGAGAUUUAACCUUAUUGUCACGGUGUCAGGGUGGAUGGCCGGAAAUGUAGACGAUGUGCGAUUGCCGUAUAGUACUGUCGAUCCUAUCAUGGGAGAUAUCUAUUCGGUUUUGUGGGAGCCCGAGAUGCUCAAAAGUAUGGGUGCAACCAUAAAUAUUCUAGCUACAGAGGCUUUGACCCAAGGAUUACAACAAGUGCUCGGAAGCACCAUUCUAACAGCGCUCAUGGCCUCCAUACAACUUCCCAUUAUCCUCACGAAGCUCUCCUAUCUAAUCGACAACCCUUGGAACGUCUCACUUGCCCGUGCCAAUUCGGCGGGCCUCAUUAUGGCCGAUUCACUAAUGGACCGUAACCUGGGCAAGCGACCGAUAACUUUGCUCGGAUACUCUCUUGGCUCAAGAGUCAUCUUUUCCUGCCUCAAGGAGCUCGCCGACAAAGGUGCUUAUGGGCUUAUUGAGAAUGUCUAUCUUUUCGGGUCCCCUGUGGUCGCGAACAAAGACGAAUACCUCAAGGUCCGUGGUGUGAUUUCCGGUAGAUUCGUGAACGGAUACUCUUCGAACGACUGGAUCCUAGGAUACCUGUUCCGUGCCACUGCCGGAGGUAUCAUGCGUGUGGCUGGUCUAGCACCCGUUGAAGGCAUUCCAGGCCUCGAAAACGUGGACGUCACCAAGCUGGUGAACGGGCACAUGGACUAUCGCGCAGCCAUGCCCCGUCUCUUAAAGCAUGUUGGGUGGGAGGUUCUCAGUGAGGAAUUUGCGGAAAUCGAAGACCCCGACCCAGAGAACCAUGCUGAACGACAAAGAGAGCUGAUCCGUGAGAUCGACGAGGCCCGUCGAGAAGCAGAGACUAAGCCAGAGAAGAAACGGUUUGGCUUAUUCAAACGGGGAAAACUGGCUCAAAAGAAGGCAUGGGAGUCAUAUGAUGUUGAUCAAUCUGAAUCGCCUCAAAGCCCAACAGGCAGCAACGCAGCAGGCAGUGUGCUGUUCGAUAUCGACGCCAUCAAGGCUGAAUUAGCUUCGGAAAUGCUGGAGGUUAAGCAGCUUGAAUCAACUCUGCCCCCUAUGAAGUUGGAUUUGAAUUCUCCACCUUUGACUUCACCCGCUACGCCAUCACCUUCCACUGCGAAAGAUUCCAAAACCCAUGAGCCCGCCCAAAAAUCACCACAGCCGACCCCUGCACAGUCACCUCCACCUCCACCCCCUCCUCCCAAGGAUGAGGAAAUUCAAAUGACGUUCGAUACGUCCUAUCAUGAACCACCGCAACGCUCCUUGUCCUCGUUCGAACCUGAUAUGUACCACCCGGAUGAUCCCCGCCCCUCUCGGCCCGCUCUACGAUCAUCAGCUACAACUCCCGGCGUUCUCGGGGCUGGAGCGAUCGGAGCCACAGCAGUUGGUGCGAUGGUGCUAGAAGAGAAUGCGUGGGCUGACGACGGCGAAGGUGAAAUCCAAAUGACCUUUGAGUGA